AAAAGGUACACAUGCUCUUAUAUUUAUCAGGUACAGCCAUGCAAUUCAGAUCACUCAAAUUUCUCGUGGAUUGGAAAUCUCCACAACAAAUGAGUAAAUCUAUUUUCUUUCUAUCAGCUUUUUCCAUUUCUUGGAUAGUCUCAUAAAUAAUAUCUAAUUCGCCAUGGGCGCAUCCUUCUACAGCAAUCCUCAUUUUUACUUUUAUGGGUAAUUUUAUAAUUGAUAACACGAAUAACUAUUUCCAGCUAUUUGUCUAAUUACUAAAAUGCCAAGAAAAACAUAUAAUGUAAUCAACUAUUCUAACCUAACAACUUUCUGACACAACCGCCAUUUUUUUAACCUACACCAAUAAGAUCGUUGCUAUAACAACGGUCGUGCAGUGAAAUCACUUAAGCCGAUAUAAGGAUCUUACAAUCGGAACAUUCACAUAGGAUGUGCAUGUGAAAGAGAGGUCAAAUUUUAACGAUUGUGCAAAUUAAAUACAAAUGAUUGUUCUUAAUGAUUAAUCUAAUAUAUUGAAGCUAAUUAUGAGCAUAAGUUUUAGUACAGAAGAAGGAUGGAUAAUAUCCCAUUUGCAGUAUCUUAAUGAUAUAUAUAAAAAUGUGAAAGAUUGUAAUACGCUAUGCAAGUUAAUUUUCAAUGAGACUUUAUUUGAAAUCAAUUCUCAAUAUUUGCGACAAAAUCAGACUACUCAAUUUGAUCGAGACGAAGAAAACCCGUUACAAAAUAAGAGUAGAAAAAGAAAGAGAUCAAGACUUCUGCCAGAAGAUGAUCUGAAAGAGAUUAAUUAUGUCAAACAAGCAUUUAAUCAAAUAAUGUCAUCUGCAAAAACAGAAGGCUUAUUUGCUUGUAAUGUAAUACCGAAUAAUAAUGAAGCUGCGCGCUUGGUAUCACAGAAGUUUUAUCAGGACACAUUUUCUGCAGAAGAAGAAUAUUUUUAUGGUUGCAAUGAUGCGGAUAUAGCUAUUAUAUCGGGAGCAAAAGAAAAGAAAUAUGCAUUUCCAAAGAAAUGUAACUUUUAUUGUUAUGAUGUGAAAGAUAUUGCUAAGAAAUUGGAGCUAAGCAAUCAAUACGAUUUUAUAUUGUUGGAUCCUCCUUGGUGGAACAAGUCUAUAAGAAGGAAAAAGACCAAAUACCUGGAAGCUAGUUACAAAAUGAUGUACAAUGAGGAGCUAGCCAAAAUACCAAUUGGAAAAUUAUUGUGUUCAAAUGGGCUUGUGGCAAUAUGGUGCACAAAUGCUCCUAGUCAUCUGAAUAGUAUUUUUAACAAUAUAUUUCCAUCUUGGGGUAUAACAUUUAAAGCAAAGUGGUAUUGGAUCAAAGUCACUCAAGCGGGAAAUACAAUAUGCAAUUUUAAUUCAACACUUGGCAAGCAGCCUUAUGAAUUACUAGUGUUGGGAUCUGUAUUAAAACACAAUGAAAUAAACAUUCCUGAUGGGAAAUUAAUAAUAAGUGUUCCAAGUGCGGUACAUUCUCACAAACCGCCGCUUACAGAAGUUAUGAAAGAGUAUCUUCCAAAUGAACCAAAGUGUUUAGAAAUAUUUGCAAGAUAUUUGCUUCCUAAUUGGACAAGUUGGGGUCUUGAAGUUCUAAAAUUUCAGCAUUUGUCACUCUAUACAGUUAUAGAGGAAACACAAGAAGUUCAAACCAAUAGUAAAACAGAUGUAAAUAAAUUAACUACGUAAAAUAAAAUAUAGGAAUAUAAUAAAUAUU